GUUCUUCCCUCGUCCAGUUCCAUCGUUGAUUUCGUAAGCAUACGCCAUACUCGGGAACACUAAAGCAACGUUUUUCUUUUUCGUUGAUUUGAUUAAAGAAAAGAAAAUGUGAAUGUUUGGUGAAGAUUCCGUCAGAAUUUUACCUGAAGAAUCGAAUACGGAAACAGCAGAGAGGAAGGUUUAGAAAAAGUCUCCGAACAAUGGUGCUUCUGCUUUGAUUCGUUGUGUUUCUGCAAAUUCUGAAGGAUUCAGAGAGGAUCGUUUGAGAAAAAGUUGAGGAAAACGACGGAAGGAUCUUGAUCUGUGCUAAAGAUCAUGUCGUUCUCAUUCUUCAAGCCGUCGAGGCCUAGAACCCCGCAGGAGGUGGUCAAAUCCAUUAAGGAAAGCCUCAUGGCCCUGGAUACCAAGACCGUCGUCGAAGUUAGAGCUCUCGAGAAGGCCAUGGAAGAAGUUGAGAAGAACUUUAUAACUAUGAGAUGUAUGCUUAUUGGAGAUGCGGAGGUUGAGCCCAUUGCGGAACAAGUUUCACAGCUAACGCAGGAGAUAUGUAAUGAGUGUGUCAUCGAUCUUCUAAUUCACAAGCUGCCUGUUCUUGGAUGGGAAGCAAGAAAGGACCUUGUGAAUUGUUGGUCCAUAUUGUUGAAACAAAAGGUUGGCUCCACUUAUUGCUGUGUCAACUACAUUGAGAACCAUUUUGAGUUGCUAGAUUUUCUCGUUGUGUGCUACGACAACAAGGAAAUUGCCGUAAACUGUGGAAAUAUGUUGAGGGAAUGCAUCAAAUUCCCAACCCUCGCAAAAUACAUAUUAGAGGCUGCAAGUUUCGAAUUGUUCUUCAAGUUUGUGGAGUUACCAAUUUUUGACGUCGCAUCGGAUGCAUUUUCUACAUUCAAGGACCUGCUUACCAAACACGAAAAUAUAGUUUCCGACUUUUUGAGUGCUCAUUAUGAUGAGUUCUUUGACAGAUAUGAAAAACUCCUGACUUCUUCGAAUUAUGUAACUAGAAGACAGUCAUUGAAGGUUCGUUCUCCGAACGGCUCUUUUAAUCUCCUUUNCGUGUUUUUCCAAUUUGUCCAUCAGUUGUUGCUACAGGAUUCUAGCAAGAACAUCCAACUGUCUGCUUUCCACAUAUUCAAGGUUUUUGUUGCUAAUCCUAAUAAGCCACGUGAGAUCAAGGUUAUCGUAGCGAAAAACCACGAAAAGCUUCUGGAAUUGCUUCACGAUCUUUCUCCUGGGAAAGGUGCCGAAGACGAACAGUUCGAAGAAGAAAAGGAGUUGAUUAUCAAAGAAAUAGAGAGAGUUUCACGCUUGCAACAUCUUACUGGUUGAAGCCAUUGUUCUCCCACGUCGUGCCUUUAUCCCCCAAAACUAUGGCUCCUGUUGAGUGAGUUUGCAUUUAAAAUGCAGGAGAUGUUUGAUUAUUUGUGGAAGUACAAGUUAUUAAUGUAUAAAUAAUUCUCUUUAACAGUGUACUGCGAAACAUUGUUGCAAAUUGAAGGUGUCUGUAAUUAUUAUUGCGUGGAGGCACUCUUUAGCCCAGAAA